CAGAGGUAACACUCCCAGUUUUUUACACGCCCAUUCAGCGCUCACCAGACCGCAACUAGCGUCACUCACUGUAACUGUACAUGUCUGCUCAUGUAUUAGAGGAAUAUUAGCAGCUCUUCACCACCAUUAGGCUGUCGAGUCUUUAGUAUAACUCACACAAACUCUGGUUUUCAGACAGUUAAUAUCUUAAUUGUGCGCAAACUUGGAGAGCAGCUGGGAUACUUGUCACCAUGGCAGGAGGAAGACGCGGGGGCGCACCUGGAUCUGGCGAGGACGUCUCCUUAGUCAGUCCCGUUGUAAAGUACCUACUGUUCCUGUUUAAUUUUAUAUUUUGGAUAAUUUCCCUGGUGAUGGUGGGAAUCGGCGUGUACGCCCGCAUGAUGAAACAUGCAGAGGCGGCCCUGGCGUGUCUGUCAGUGGACCCGGCUGUAAUGCUGUUGGUCGUGGGGAUCCUCAUGUUCAUCAUCACCUUCUGUGGCUGUGUGGGCUCACUGCGAGAAAAUAUCUGCCUCCUGCAGACUUUCUGUAUCUGUCUGACAGUGAUCUUCCUGCUCCAGCUGAUUGCUGGCGUCCUGGGCUUCAUCUUCUCUGAUAGGGCUCGGAACAGAGUGACGGAGAUUAUCAAUAAUGCCAUUGUUCACUACAGAGAGGACCUUGAUCUGCAGAACCUCAUUGACUUUGGUCAGAAAGAGUUUGGCUGCUGUGGCGGUGUGACAUACACUGACUGGUCCCAGAAUAUGUACUUCAAAUGCGAAAAAGACAACCCCAGCAGAGAGCGCUGCUCUGUCCCCUUCUCCUGUUGUAUCAUGACGAAAGACAAGCAGGUGGUUAUCAACACCAUGUGUGGCCAUGGCAUGCAGGAGUUAGAGUAUGUUGAGGCUGCAGACUACAUCCACACCAACGGCUGCAUAGACAAACUGGUGAACUGGAUCCACAGUAACCUGUUCCUACUGGGAGGCAUCGCCCUGGGACUGGCCAUACCACAGCUGGUUGGCAUCCUGUUGUCUCAGAUUUUGAUCAACCAGAUCAAAGACCAGAUCGAGCUCCAGGACUACAGCCGCAAGCACCGCUCCGACCCGUUCAGCUGACCCGAGUCGGAUCAGACCAGAUUCUGAUGAACGGCAUCAGAAACAGGGUGACACCAGCAGAUUAGGGGGAGAAUCACACAUGCCUGAAAAAUAUCUGUCAUCUCUGCCUGGACUGAGCUUUCAUCAUCGCUGCUCUUAGACUUAAAGACACAACACUAGUGUGCUUUCAAAUAUUUUGCAUUGAAGUGGAGUUGUGUUCACACAAAGAACACAGACGGAAAAACAGGACUCUGCUGCCACCUUGUGGACAAAGACUGUGCUUGAAUUUACCAAACUAUGUACAGUAGUUAGUACGCAAGCAGGGGCAGGGAGGAUGUUUGGUGGUCAGGGUCAUAUUGAUGGGAUCAUUGACCUUUACUUAAAGGUCCAGUGUGUAGGAUUCAAGAGGAUGUAUUGGCAGUAAUGGAAUAUAAUAUAUUAAGUAUAUUUCUAUAGUUUCAUAACCACCUGGAAAUAAGAAUCAUUGGGUUUUUGCUACCUUGGAAUGAGCCAUUUAGAUCUACAUAGGGAGCAGUCCCUUAUCCACAGAGAUUGCCAUGUUGUCCAGAACCGACCAACCAAACACGGGCUCUAGUUGGGCCAUUCGUGUUUUCACAUCAGCUACCAGUUAGCAGCCUCUCUGUGAUGAUCAGCGUUGGAAAAACCCUAUUUUUAACAUAGGGCUGCUUUAUUCAGUAUUUUUACCGGUUUAAGUCGCCAGGUCCGCUUGUUUUGGAGAGGAAGAGACCUCUGUGGAUAGACAGAUAGACAAUGCAGCAACACAAUCUUGAUUCAUAUGUGAGCGGCACUGCCUAGUUUGACAGUUUGACCACAGUUCAUGAGCAGUGAUUGACAUGAUUGACAGCUGAGUUAGAGUGUGUAAUGGAUUCUUGCAGAUGCCAUUAGACGCAAUACGAGGAGGCAGAGGAACAUGAUUUUUGCUUUACUCAGUGUUUUUACUGGUGUAAGUCGCCACAAUCGUCGUUUUGCAGAGGAAGAGACCUCUGGAUAUUUCGGCUCCCAGUAAAAACCUCUUGAAUAUUUGGGGCCAGGUGCACAAAGCACCUUAAGUUUGCCCCUGAAGUAUGACACUUAAGGCUUACAUAAAAUACCUCACCAAUAACUGACUGGUAAGAUCCUGUUGCAUAAAACUACAGCAAUUAUUAAUUGUAAAGAGACUGGAAGAGCGCAGUGUUGGAAAGUUAAGUGAUUCAAUCCCAGACAGUCAUGAUCACAAACUGACUUGUGGUAAAACUUAAAGCACAAAAUCAGUUGCUCAUCAUUGAGCAUGUCCAUCGGGUUCUCCUAGUUGUGAAACACUCUUCUCUAGACGCCUUAAUUUUUCUUAUAUAUCCAUAAACCCAACCAUGUUGCAGUUAAGAUGGAGUCAGAGGUACUUUAUGUUUUUGUCCUUACCUCGGUAACUAAGAUUCUUUGUGUAGUGGUUUAACAAACUUAAAGCAAUUUCACAAGUACAAGACAAAGAUAAGGAGAAAAAAUUAAAUUCUGAAGUAAACAUUUUGAGGAAACUUAAAGCAGAAGACUUGAUGUAUUGUGCAACUGAUUUUACCUCAAGGAAACCUUAACUCGGACUUUAAGGAAAAUCUUAACUUAAGGUUCUCUGUGCAACCUGCCCCUGGAUCUGAAGUUAUCAGAGAGAAAAGGUGAGGACACAUUAGCAGCUGUGGGCUAGAGACCGUCUCUGACAUGCCAAACAGUGUUGCUUUGUAAUGUGAAACCUGUUUAUUCAGUGAUUUUAAAGGUUUAAAUCACCUGGUCUGUUAAUUUUGGAGGGUUGGAGACCUCUGCGGAUAAUUCAGAAGGAAUCCUAGCCGGGAGAAGUUUCAAUCCUCACCACUAGAUGCCUCUAAAUCCCCCUAAAUCCUACACACUGUUCCUUUAAGAGCUGCAUUAAGUGUAAUCUGUUGCAAGUCAUGUUUUUGCCAAAGACACCAAAUAGGAAUGUGAGUUAAUGCAUAGAGUUAAUAACGUUUUUUUUGUUGUUUGUUUCAACUGCGUCCGUGAUUGUUACUAACUGGAAAGGGAGUUGCUUUGUGUGUGUGUGUGUGUGUGUGUGUGUGUGUGUGUGUGUGUGUGUGUGGACUUUUUCAAAAUACAAGAAUGUCAGAUGCAUGCUCAGUAAUGUUGCUUAUGGCUGCGAGCAUAUGAAACAUGAGCAAUACACAUAGUUGGUAUGUAGUUUUGGAUACUUUCACAAGCCUGUGUGUAGCAGCCAAGCAGUGGUUCCCAGCUGGUGGGUUGUGGUCCAAAAGUGGGUCGCAAGUCCAUUCUGAAUGGACCACAAGCAACUUGCAGACAUGUCAAGUUUGUAAUUUGAAGUACAGUGAAUUUCUGGCACAGAGAUUUUAUUUUAAAGUGACAUUUCCUGCUGUACAGUGAGAAACUAACAGAAAGCUACUUGACAGAGACAGCAAACUAGCUCAACUGCAUGGCCAAACACAAGUAUGACACUGAAUGUAUUACUGUUUGGACCUUGAAGUAAGGACUAAGGAGAAACUGUACUCCGUGGCUGGACCAGUUGGGAACCACUGCUGUAAAGUAUUUACCUCUGGGGCCCUGAAAUGCCUUGUAUAAAUGCCUUGCCUUGAGAAAUAGCAUAAGCAUAUAAUAACCCCUUGUAUAGAAUAUUUUUUAAGAUUUUUUGUAAUAGAAAAUGACUGUAAUGAUAAUGUUUACACCUAUGGUCUGACUCUUUAUAAUAAAAUUGUUGCUUGGUUGUCCUGCCCA